AUGUUGGUGGAAUUGUUACUAUUUUUAGUGAUAGUGUUAUUAUUAUAUGACCGUUGGUCUAGGAGAGAAGUGUACAAGUUAGGUAAACAGUUGAAUUGCAGAGUAAAAGCCUACCCUUUGAUUGGACACAGUUAUUUGUUUUUGGGUAACAACCACAAACGAAUGGAAGCAUUACAAAUUCUUGGUAGAGAUGCUUUAAAGAAUGAUAAUGGUUUGUUCCCGGCGUGGCAGGGAAAUUAUCUGUAUACAAUGAUAGUAGACCCUGAGGCUGCGGAGAUAGUAUUGAAGACUUGUCUCGAGAAAGAUGAUAUAAUGCAAAUGGCUACACUGUUUGUUGGAAAAGGCAGUAUAUUCGCUCCUGUUUCAAUAUGGCGACCUCGUCGUAAGGUCUUAGUGCCAACUUUCAACAUGAAGAACUUGAAAUCUUUCGUGACAAUAUUUGUAAGGCACAGCGCCAUACUUGUGCAGGAGUUAGGAAAAGUGGUUGAGACUGGUCCACUGUCGGCCUUUAAACACUACACCGCUUAUACCAUGGACGCUAUUGCUGAAUCCACUUUAGGAUACAAAAUGGACGCCCAAAAGUCUUCAGACCAUCCUUUCUUAAAAGCAUUUAACUAUGGACUUCCGAAAUGCGCAGAACGCCUGUGCCAACCGUGGUUACACAGUGACUUGAUUUAUAACAGUUUGCCAGUGUACGCAAGGCUGGUGAAACUUAAGGAAUAUUUAUGGGGUUUCAUGAUUGAGUUAAUCAAGGCUAAAAGAAAAGAAAUUAAAUACAGCAAACAACGUGAAGGCACUGACAAUUCAUCAGAAGGAAAUAUUCAGACAUUUUUGGAAUGUUUAAUACGAUCAUCAGGAGGAGACGAUGGAUACACAGAUAUAGAAAUCGUAGAAGAACUGAUGGUUAUCAUGGUAGCUGGAAAUGACACUUCUGCUGUUGGAACAUCUUUCAUAUCGUUGAUACUCUCGAGGCAUCCAGAAGUGCAAGAGAAAGUUUAUGAAGAGUUACAAGAAGUAUUCGGUGACUCAGACAGGCUGGCCACCUUCGAAGACCUGCUUCGUUUGAAGUACCUCGAUGCAGUGAUCAGGGAGACACUGCGACUGUACCCACCAGUGCCAAUAAUCGUGAGAAAAGUAGAAAAUCAUGUGCAGUUGCCCUCGGGCAUCACACUCGUACCUGGAACCGGAGUUUUGGUCAACAUCUGGGCUUUACAUCGCAACCCUCGCUACUGGGGAGAUGAUGCGGAGCAUUUCCGACCUGAACGGUUCCUUGACACACCACUCCAGCAUCCCGCUGCAUUCAUGGCUUUUAGCAACGGACCCAGAAACUGUGCAGGUUACCAAUAUGCAAUGCUGUCAAUGAAAACAGUACUGUCGACGGUACUGCGACGCUUCAAGUUCCUGCCAGCUGUAGCAAGUGACGGUAGCUUCCCUCCUCUUCGACUUACCUUCGACCUCAUGAUGAAAGAUGAAAACAACUUCCAAAUACGUUUAGAACCUAGAAUUAAGUGUUAA